ACUAAGAAGAGCUAUUACCAGGUGUCCGGUUUGUCAGCCUGUACUCGGUACCUGUACACUGUCCAAGCAACUUGUGGACCGUGGAUGAGCGAGGGAAUCUCCGGGGUCGCAGUUACAGGGUGUCCUGAAGUCCGACCGUCGGAUCGCAAGAGCAUUGUCGUGCCGUCCAACCAAAUUCACUUCCACAUACAUUUUCCCUGGCAGUUUGCAGAUUACAUGAAUGACCCAACUUCAAAAGCUUACCUAAAACUGGCAGGCAUCUCUCGUUCCAAGGUUCGACAGCUGUUCCUGGAUUCCGGGGAACUCACCAAUGCAGAUGUGGAGCUGUUGCAUCUGAGGAGAGGAAGUGAUGGAGUGGAGAUGAAUAUGACGGCCCACGUUCAAUUGAACAGCACACCAGCAAGUCUCGAGUAUCUUCUGUCCAAUCUCAGUCAUACCAGGGUGUCCGCUGAGGUUGAUGUGCUGUUCUGGGAUGAUGAGGAUGAGUGUUCCUCUGCCAAGAAUGACUGUCCUGUCGGGGCUGACUGUAUCAAUACCUUUGAUUCCUUCACAUGUGUUUGUCAACAAGGGUACUUUGACCCUGAUUUUCAAAGCAGAUCUUGCAGAGAUCACGGAGUGUUUGCAGACUGCAGAAUGGAUUCAAUGAAAAUUAGUGUGUCAAAAGAAUUCCUGGUAGAUCUGAUGCAGACAGGUCUGCAGCUGGUCCUGAACGAUGGGGUCUGUGGGGCAGAAGAGGAGCUGGACUUCUACACGUUCACUGUCACUGACACCAAAGCUUAUUGUGGAGGGCAGCUUGAGAUGAAUGAGACACACAAAAUAUUCAAACACGUCAUCACUAACGAGUACCACUCCGAAUCUCCCAUCAUCAGAGAACCACGUCUGAUACUCACUGUGAACUGUGCCUAUUCCAGGAGUUCCUUAGUCAAAAUGCCUCUGGAUUCGAUCAAACAGAUUAGGAUGUUUGAACCCAUAAUUGAGUAUAACAGUGACCCCCUCCAUCUUGCCAUCUUCCUCUACAAAGACAACACAUUCUCACCCAGCACUAUGUACGGAGAGUCUCCAACCAUCCAGCUUAACGAGGAUCUCUACUUGGAGGUCAGGGCAUCUCCGACUGGGAUCUCAGAGGCUGCUUUUGUUUUGGAAGUGGUUUCCUGUUGGGCCACUGCAACUGCUGACCGGCUGGGAAGACUAGCAUUCCAGUUCCUCCAGGAUGGGUGUCCUGUAGACGAGACCUUCAGAUGGUAUUCCGUUAACGGGCUGAGCAGCAACACCCGGUUUGCCAUCAAGAUGUUCCGCUUCACAGAAAUGGUGAACAGUCCCAUUUACCUGCACUGCCAGGUGACGAUCUGUAAUGUGGAAGCUGCUGGAGACUGUUUAACAGAGUGCUCCAGUGCACAGAUUCCCAAAAGAGACAAACAGAGGGAAGGGACAACGCUCCACGGGACUGUGACUGAACUUGUUUCCACAGGAUCCAUAGCUCUGCGCAGCCAUCCCAGUCAGCCAGAGGACCUGGAAGAGACGACCAUCAAAUGGCAUGGCACAAAACCCCUCCUCUGGAUAAUCAGCGGAGUAACAGGAAUAUCCCUGCUGAUGGUAGUUGUAGUUAUUUCACUAAAGGUUACGAAUGGCCAAGCAUGGUUGGAAUGGUGUAGCUCCUGAUGGAAGAUUGGGUGUCUUCUGUUCCCACAAAAGAUGU